CGGGAGGGCGCGGCGGGCAGAGCCCGCUCCGCGGCGGCCCAUCCCGGGGCCGCGGCCCCUCGUGGGGCGGCGCCUGCUGGCGACCUGGGGACGCGAUGAGGCCGGCGCGCGGGUCCCCGCGUCCCGCGGGGAGGGCACUGCUCCCCACCGCCCCGAUCUUGCAAAUGCUGCGGCUGAACCGAAUAUAAAGUAGAAAGGCCGGAGCUGAAUAAACCGGAUUUGCAGCCUCAAUAUCCUCAUCUCGCCAGCUGAUGGGCGUGUUAGGGUUAAGUGUUACUGUCCUGCCCACGCGAGGGCAUACCCUACCCUCCUGUGGACAGGCCCCCAUCCCAACGGCAGAGCCUGUCUGACCUUUAUCAGAAAUUUAAUACGUGCUCGUUGCCAUAUUUCGCUUUUUAAAGAUGUUUACUCCGGUUUAUCCUAAGCUUCUGGAGAGCUGAGACCUGCCUUUCACUUGUGUCUCUCUAUCUGACAGGGUUUGGAACACGUGGAAAGAAGAGGUUACUCAAAGAACUUCUGAAGUAGAGAACCCAGUUGUGAGGUUUUUUAUCAGCUGUUUCAGGCCGGGAUGGCUGUGGAAUCGAGAGCCGUUUCAACCCUGCUACCUCCAGACCCUCAGGAACGAGAACUAAUACUAGUGAAAGGAGAAGAAAGCCCUCCCUGGGGGCAGACAUUAAAGCAGAAUGCGAGUGCCCGAUCUUGCCAAGAAUUGUUUCGCCAGCAGUUCAGAAAGUUUUGCUACCAGGAGACACCCGGGCCCCGGGAGGCUCUGGGCCGACUCCAGGAGCUGUGCUACCAGUGGCUCAUGCCGGAGCUGCACACGAAGGAGCAGAUCCUGGAGCUGCUGGUGCUGGAGCAGUUCCUGAGCAUCCUGCCCGAGGAGCUGCAGGCCUGGGUUCAGCAAUAUGGCCCAAAAAGUGGCGAGGAAGCGGUGACUCUGUUGGAGGAUUUGGAGAGGGAAUUUGAUGAUCCUGGACAGCAGAUUCCGGCUAGUCCGCAAGGACAGGCAUUACCCUGGAAGGAUUGGACACGUCUUGGAGCAUCCCAAGAGUUAAACAUCCAACUCCAGCCUUUAAAGGCACAGCUGAAACCUUGGGAACCUUGCCUUUCCUCCCAAAGUGAUUGUGAGAACAAUGGAUCAGCGGCAAAGAAGGAUAUUUCAGGAGGAAAAGCAGGACUUCUCCAGGAACUCUCAUUCGGAAGAAUUAGUGAACACAAAAGCCACUUCAAGAGGCUGCAAGGAAGUGCUUCAGGGGAGAAAUUAGGAAGCUCCCCUUCCCCAGCAGGCAGUUGUAGUCAAGCCAUCACACACAGAUCUCUAGGAAAGAGAUUCCACCAUGAGCCGCAGAGAAGCCUGAUUCUAAGUACAAGCUCUAGAACAUUUCAGAAAGUUCCUUCAGAAGAGAGACCUCAUAGAUGUGAUGUAUGUGGGCACAGCUUUAAACAGCAUUCCUCUCUAACACAACAUCAGAGAAUCCAUACCGGAGAAAAGCCCUACAAAUGCAGCCAGUGUGGGAAGGCCUUUAGCUUGAGGUCGUAUCUGAUUAUUCAUCAGAGAAUCCACAGUGGUGAGAAAGCAUAUGAAUGUAGUGAGUGUGGAAAAGCCUUCAAUCAGAGCUCGGCCCUCAUUAGACAUCGGAAAAUUCAUACAGGUGAGAAAGCUUGUAAGUGUAAUGAAUGUGGCAAAGCAUUCAGUCAAAGUUCAUAUCUCAUCAUCCAUCAAAGAAUUCAUACUGGUGAGAAACCCUAUGAGUGUAAUGAGUGUGGGAAAACCUUUAGCCAAAGCUCAAAGCUUGUAAGACACCAACGAAUCCACACAGGAGAGAGACCUUAUGAAUGUAAUGAAUGUGGGAAAGCGUUCAGGCAGAGCUCGGAGCUAAUAACCCAUCAGAGAAUACAUAGUGGAGAGAAGCCCUAUGAAUGCAAUGAGUGUGGAAGAGCCUUCAGUUUGAGCUCAAACCUCAUUAGACAUCAGAGAAUUCAUAGUGGAGAGGAACCUUAUCAGUGUAUUGAAUGUGGCAAAACAUUCAAAAGGAGCUCAGCCCUUGUUCAGCAUCAGAGAAUCCACUCUGGGGAUGAGGCUUAUAUAUGUAAUGAAUGUGGGAAGGCUUUCCGGCACAGAUCAGUCCUCAUGCGCCAUCAGAGAGUCCACACUGUAAAGUAACUGGUGAAUACAAUGAAUAUUGUAAAUACUUCUGUCAAAUGUUUAUGUUUGUUAAUCAAAAGGGUUUACUUUGAGCAAGACUCCAUGAAGGUGGUGAACUCCUAGGUCUCGAGUCAGUCUGACUUUAUGCAGCACUCCCCCGUGCCAUGCACAUUGUCCCUUGAAAGCUUUUCCUGUGAUUAGUCAGAACAGUAGAUGGAAGAAUUGUUGCUUCCUCCUUUUUUCUUCUCAUUAGGAAUACUCAGGAAAUAGGAAAAAUGGGACUUUUGCAUUGAAACCUCAGUUUCCAGGAGAAUGUCAUGAAGAGGGUAAGCAGUCCAUGCUGUCACUGCAGAACUAGGUAUAAUGGAAAAUAAAGACAUUUUGUACAGUUUAAUGAGCAGGGCAAACCAGCAAUGGCACUAGUAUGAUCAGUGCCACGUGCCAUUAAAGAGUCCCUAACCCAACCUUGGUCAAGGAAAAAUGAUCUGAAGGAUGAGGGAGAACACAGACACAGGCCCGGAAGAAAGUCUGAGAAAUUAAAAGUCCCCUUUGUGUGGAGCAUGCCGGGUGAGUUCCUGGUGAAGUAGAGUCAGGUUUGUAAGACGUGUGGAUGCAGCCAGUCUCUUAAGCAGUGCCUACAGUAAAGUAGGAGCCAGGAAAAGCUUGUUAAUAGAAAAACCCUGGAGUCCUUGGACCACGGGGUGGUGAGUUUUGUCUUCAUCUGGUGUGACCCAGAAAAAGGGUUAAUAAGUAGUUUCCUUGCCCUACCUGUAGGCUAGACCUUUCGUGGGGGUGGGGGAGGGGCCAGAAAGACCCCAGCCUGGAGGUUGAGAGUCUGUCUGAAUGUCCCUCUCCCAGACAGAAGGACAUCUUUGGUUCCUAACAGUAAGACUGACAAAGCUGCUAUCAGCUUCCACCUUCCAGUGCUCAGGAUCAGCUGCUGCUAUGGCUACCAUAUCACUGGGGGCUGCACCCACAGUUCCUCAUGCACUGCCUUGGGCUCUGGUGCUGAAGAAUAUUUGUCAGUUGCUGGGUCUGUGACUUAUUCUCCAAGCACCUCACACACAGUUAGUUUUGUUUUAUAUCAGCAGCAUUCAGUCUCAUGAAUUCGGUUCAAGACGAAGCUAAAGGGAAGUGGCAACAGUCAUGGUCCAUCCAGAGAGUCCCAUCUUCUGAGGGACCCGGCAGGAAAAGUACCCCUAGACUGGUACUUCUCUACGAUUGGAAAGGGGUAUAAGCUAGCCAGCAACAGAAAAACAUGUUAUUCAAAAUACCUAACGGUUAUCACUCACCAAAAAUAGAAACCUAUGGGCAUGCAGAGGAUACAUAGAGAGGUAGUACUCCAGUUGGGGCAUACGCAGAUGAGCGUGUAUUAACCAGCAGGAAUGGCAGGAGGGCUAACUGCUCAAGCUUAGAAUGAAAAAAGAAAGGGAGAGAAUCAUUUGGAAAAGAUGGUAACAUGUAACAAGAGCUAGUCAACUCCUGUUUUCUUCCACAGAGAAGAUCCAAACUGAAAGGGUAGGACAAACUAACUAGGAACGAUACACCAUCUAUUACAGAAGGAGGAUAUUCUUUACACAGAGUUCUUACAGAUCAAUAAGAAACGCAAUAGGUACUUGUUCGGGCUUUGUGUACAUGUACUCGCUAUUUGUCAGACGCCCAUAUUUUGCAGACGAGGAAUGAAGGCUUAGGAUCACGGCUUACUCUGUGUCAUGUUGCUACCCAGUGGUGAGGUUAGACUGAACCAGGCAUCAGGAAUCCAGAACCCUUCUGUUUCUCUACACUGUCUCCCCAUUAGAAAGUCACAACAGAAAAUAAAGGUUUCUUAAAUAGGCAAAACACAAAAGAAUAAAUUCAAUGCACACUAAGUGUUCAUCCUUGCUGGAAUUAAAAACGCUAUAUUGAAGCAAGAGUUGAGAUGUCCCUCACGCAACUAACAAUUCAGGGAAACUGGGACGAUAACGUUGCAAGUGGGAUGUGAGUAGAUACUGCCUCUGGCAAUCAAAUCAGAAGCCUUAAGCAUUGCCUUCUGACUUUCACAUUCUACCUAUAAAUUAUGCUUCCGAAAUCAGCAGGGAUGUAUACAGUCUUAAAAGUGAUGUUGAUAUAAAUGACAAAGCAUUAAUAUCUUGUGUAAAAAUAAAAGACAGUUAUGUACAGCAUGAUUCCAUGUAAAAAUAUAUUUAUGCAUUAAAUACUGGACAUAAAUCUUAAAGUGCUAUAUUG